GAUUUUCCUUUUUUCAAUAACUCUUUUAUAUGUUACUUUUUACCUUUUAUAUGCCUUAUAUGGACUUUAGGCUCUUUAUGAAUAUCCUUCUUUCCAAUAUACGAAAUGGCCUAUUACAUUAUUAAAAAUAAUGUGCAUUUUUUCCAUAAUUUUACUUGUUUUAAACACUUUGAUGAAUAUUAGAAAGAAAAAUAUUCUCAGUUUAAUAAUUGGGUCUUUAUUUUUACUCGUUUUAUUCCUCGUAGUACCUGCUACGGGUCAUGUAUUUAGGGAAUAUGUAAAAACCGGAGAAUUCUACUAGGAGAAUUGUGCAUAAGAACUCGGACAUGUGUCAUAUAGUUAUUUAAAAGAAUAAGGAUGUGAAUAAAAGUAUAUUUUUAAAAAUAAUAGCGCGAAAAAUUGCGGCGGCAAAUUCGAUGAUUGCUUCGAAUUAGUGAAUAAUUUAAGGACUACAGGCUAAGAACCGAAAGAUUAUUUCACAGUAGUUUGGGAAAAUGAACUUUAUUAAAAUGCUAAUAUAGAACCAAGAAUUGCCGGUAUGUAGUAGUUAUGUUGUGGAACUGAUGUUUAAAGGAAAAAUGUGCUCAUGAUUGAAAACGAAAUCGAAAUAAAAGAGUCGAAACCUACUUUUGAAAACCACGAAUUUAACGGCUGCAUUAAAUUCGAACAUAUUGAAGAAGAUUUAUUGGCUUGCGUAGACACUUCUUAUAUUCUAGUUAUAAUUUAAACUAUUAAGGAAGGGAAUAAUGUAUGUCCUUAGGACUUUUAAUAUAAAUAUAAUGAGAAAUUCUAAGAAUAUGAAGUCCGAAUCAUCUCUUCUUCAGUUAGUUUAGAUUUCUCAAAUAAUAAAUCCCUAUAAAAUGCAAAAGUAUAUUUAUAUGAGGCUUUUAAACCCGAAAAUUCAUGUGAACCUCCAUCUACAAUUAAGCCUAUAUUCGUAGCCGAAACCUCUUAAGAAGGAACUACAAUAAUCCAAUUCAUGUAUACAACAUAAGAAGCCAAAUUAUACACUAUUUUAGUCUAAAAAGAUGGCUAUUCGGAUAAUUGUAGGUAAUUUAAAGUCAUAGAGUCUAAAAAUGAACUCGAUGUGGGUCUAUCACCUGAAUUAGAGGCCCAUUAAAUGCGUUUUGUGUUAGAAUGGGGUUCGGAGACUGAUAUUGUAUAAGAUUUAGACCUAUAUGGAACCAUAAACUCCUUUUCAGAAAAAUGGCUUUGCUAUUCUUCUUAUUAAGAUAAGGAAUGUGGAGGAAUGUUGUAUCAUGGAGAUGCAGAUGGAAAAAAUAAAAGUUCUGAAUCUAUAACUAUUGAAAAAUUAGGAAAUACGAAGUAUCUAAUUUUUUAUAAACUACCAGUAGUUUCAGAAAAUAACUAAGUAGUAGAUAAUACUAAUAUUAUUAAAGUAAAACCUAUUGUUAAGGUUUUUUCGAAAGGUUAAUAAAAGCCAAACUAAAUUUCAAUUUUUGAUUAAAAUAUAGGAAAAGGAGUUUAUAAUCAUUAUGAUAAUGAUUAUAGAUUCGCUAAUUUAGCUUGGUGCGUAAAUGGGGAAAAUAGUGAAAUUGCUAAAACUGUUAAAGGGUUUACUUAUUCAGUUGCUUGGGCUGUUAUAGAUUAGGAUAAUUAUAAAACUAGUGAUCUACCACUUGCUAGUAAUUCUUGUUGA